CCAUUGCAUCUUGCCCCCCGUCGCGUUUGACGCCACAACACCAUCGCGACGCCGCACGCCAACAUCGCAAUAUCCCAUGCGACGAUGAAUCGCCCUCCGUGCUGAAGAGCGGUCCCCACAAUCUGCGGGAGCCUCCCGCCAGCCAGCGCCCUCGCGCCCGCGUCCACGACCAAACUCGCGACCGCCUCGAGGGCAGGCGACGACGCACUUUGCUCCCGCCAUGCCGCCCGAGCCGGCCCUCAGUCUCACCAUCCCGAGCCUGCACGACGGCACGCCGCUCGACUGCCGCGUCUACCACCCGGCGUCGCUCGCCGCGGGGAACCCACGCGCCGCGCCCUGGAAGCGGCACGCCGCCCUACUCGCGCAUCCCUACGCGCCUCUGGGCGGCAGCUACGACGACGGCAUGGUAGAGACGCUGGCGGGGAGGCUGCUGCGGGAGGGGUACCUCGUGACGACGUUUAACUUUCGAGGUGCUGGGAAUUCGGCGGGCAGGACGUCGUGGACGGCCAAGCCCGAGCGUGACGACUACGCCAGCGUCGUGGGCUUCCUGGUACACUACGUUCACUAUCUCGAUCCGUUCCGGUCCAGCCACCACGCGGGGAUCACCAGCAGAGAAGGGGAUGAUGACGACAAGCCGCGCAUCACGGUCGUGGGCGAAGCGGAUGAGGUCCGCCAACACGGGCAUGGCGGGACAAGCAGCGCGCGCGCACCUCCUGUGCUGCUCAUGGGAGGAUAUUCGUACGGCGCCAUGAUCACCACACAGCUGCUGCCCUUGUCCGCCCUGAUGGCACCCUUUAAACGCCCGCACGCCGAGUCGCCCGCCGCGCACAUUCGUCUCCGGGCAGAGCAUCUCGCCGGGCAGCAGAACGACAUCCUAGGCGGUGUGCGCGCGGCGGCGCGCGCGGCGGCGCUAGCCCGACUGCGCCAUCAGCAGCAGCAGCAGCUCAGUCCGACAAGUCCUUCCAGGCGUCGCGGAGGGGUGCGCAUCGGCGGGGACGAAGGCCCUGGGAGCCCGCGACGGAGCCACGACAGCAGCGGCGGCGGGCGGAGGAGCUUCUCACUCGACGAUGCGGAGGAGAGGCUCAAGCGUGGAGUGGGUGAGCUACUGGCCAAGACAAGGAGACAUGGGCACAAGGGAGCACGACCGGGGAGCGCGGGGGAGACGCCGCGGGACAAGCACACAAACCUGAAAGCGGAAGCUGCAGAUCCAGAACCGCAGGCAGAGGCAACGCUGCCACUGGUGGAAGGCCUGGUGGUCCCUCGAGCGUCGUACGUGCUCGUCUCGCCGCUCCAGGGACUGGUGACGCACCUCGCGACAAUGAACCUGCUACCCUCGUCGCUGACGACACGACACCACCACGGCCAUUGGGGGCACGGUCGAGGUGCUGCGGGCGAGGGAAACGACGAUGGCCCCGCCGCCGCCGCCCCCGGACAAGGGCGGGACUUGGCGGAGGGUAAGCUCAUGGCCUGCCCAACACUGGCUGUAUACGGGGACAAGGACGUGUUCGUCCCCGUGAGCAGGCUGCGGUCGUGGGUCGCGCGCUUGACGGGUGGUGAUGGGCGGAAAGGCGACGAGGGAGGCGGGAGCGCCUCUUCGUUGUUCAGGGCGCACGAGGUGCGCGACGCGGGACAUUUCUGGGCGGAGGAGGGGGCGCUGCCGGAGAUGGAGGAGGUGGUUGGGGAGUUUGCGGGGAGGCUGCUGAGGGGGCUUGCGGAGGGUGAGGAGGGCGCAUGA